CGCCAGAACAGUGCCUAGGCAUCACAAUACUAGCACUCUUACUUUUACGUCACAGCUUGCCGGUGCGCCGGUAAUUAUUUAUGGCGGCCCUUUUGCGACCGGACGACGGUGCCUCAUCCACUUUACUGCUCUAUAUUAAGCUAUCCGGGGCCCUCUUCUCCAUAUGUCUGAGUACCGCCGUUAUCUGGUUCUUUCGUCAGCCUAAAAGUCCUAAUUAUUUUCGCACCACCAUGCUACCGGACAGUGUUUACAGGCUCUGCCAUGAAGAUCAGACCGUCACAUCCGAGCUGUUACGCGAUCCCUCCCAGUCACCCCCAAAAGUCUUUCACCGCCUCUACAACGAUCACAAAUCCAACAGUCAUUUCGACUCGAAGGGGUCGUUGACCGACAAAGAUGAAUGGCAAAAGGCGGCAGAGUGCGGGAACUGGGGUAAUUCCCAGCCAAGCAAGCUUUUCCUUCAGAUCUACCACGAUGCUCUCUGUGCGUUAGAUAAGAACCCUAUGGCGGGCGUCGUCUCUCCGCCCUUAAUGGGAAGUCAUGGCGUCGUACCCUUGACCAUUAUCGCUCCCUUACCAGAUUUGUGUCGACACAUGGCGAACUGCAUCGUGCGUGCGGAGAAGGAGGUCUUCCUGGCAACUAACUUCUGGAUCCACUCCGAUGCAUCCACGCUUAUCACCAAUGCAUUUCGUGAGCUCUCUAAAAGAGCAGGCGAACGCGGUGAAAAGGUGAUUGUGAAGAUGGUGUACGAUCGGGGUGACCCGCAGCAGCUGUUUGAGAACCAUCUGCCCGUACCCGAAAAGAAGUACAGCGGCGGGAAGGUGAAGCUCCCAUCGUCCGAGGAGAUCCCUAAUAUAAACCUGCAGGUCAUUAACUACCACCGACCAGUGUUUGGCACAUUCCAUGCCAAAUUUAUGGUCGUUGAUCGUCGAAUUGCGCUGCUACAGAGCAGCAACGUCCAGGACAAUGACAACCUGGAAAUGAUGAUUCAUGUUGAGGGGCCCAUCGUCGAUGGCCUUUACGAUACGGCAUUGAUCUCUUGGGGUCGCCCCUUGGAGCCCACUCUGCCGAUGCUCGCCUCGCCAGCCACGGGUGCCGCGAUCCCGUGCCAGUCGACCGUCGAGCUGGACCAUGCAGCACCAGCACCCGGUCCUCUUCCUGAGCUCACCGUACAGGAGUCUCACUAUGAUACGAAUUUAAAACAUGAAGCAGAGCGAAUGAAUGGGCUACUUGAGCCUCGAGACGGUGAAAACAAAAUUCAAGCUGUCACUCGUCGUUUGAAUACAACGAUCCAGCCAAAUACGACGGGAGACGCUUCGGAACGCGAUCAAGAGCUCCAGAUGCAGCCUUAUAUUGUUCUUCCGCCCCAUGAUCCUUUCCCAAUGGCUGUAGUCAACCGAGAACCUUGGGGAGCACCGAACCACACGAGCGUCCAUACACCUCAGAACAGCAGUUUUCUCGCCGCCAUACACAAUGCUCAAGAAUCGAUCUUCAUUCAAACACCGAACAUGAACGCCGAACCCAUCGUUCAAGCUCUGUUGGAGGCUAUCAAGACUCGCGGCGUGACGGUCACUGCAUAUUUGUGUCUGGGCUACAAUGAUGCUGGGGAGCUACUUCCGUUCCAGAAUGGUACAAAUGAAAUGAUCGCGCAUCGGAUGUACAAAUCGCUGGAAACCGAUGAACUACGCUCCCGACUUCGAAUCUACAAUUACGUCGCCAAGGAUCAGACCAAGCCCAUUCACAACAAGUUCAAGCGGCGCAGUUGUCAUAUCAAGUUGAUGAUCAUCGAUGAGAAGGUGGCUAUUCAGGGAAACGGCAACCUCGACACACAGUCCUUCUACCACAGCCAAGAAGUGAACCUUCUUCUCGACUCACCGAUUGUCUGCCGAGCAUGGCGGGAGGCUAUCGACCGUAACCAGAACACGGCUCUGUACGGUGCAGUCAGCCCGGAAGAUGGCUGCUGGCAUGAUCCUACGACCAAUGAAAUUCCUGAGGGGUCCAUUGGCAUUGAUCCUGGUCGCUUCAGCUGGGCGAAGGGCGUGGUUGGUGCUGUUCAACGUGUGCGUGGUGCUGGAGGAUUUUAAUUGACCCUAUACGUGCUACUGACUUACGACAUCUUGUUUAUAUUUACAUCUGUCUAAUCUUGGAUUCUUUCUGGUGUAUAUACUCUUUUGACCUGUAUAUGCUAAUGUGAACAAGAGGCUGC